AUGGACCCUUUUGAUGAUUUUCUACCUAUGGCUCCUGUUGCACGCACUCGUCCGGGCGCCAAGUUUGUUCCAAAGGCCAAACCGAAACAGCGGCUUCCAAAGGAUGUACCUGCAUCGGAACAAGCUACCUCGUCUAAAGAUGGAGUUUCUGAGAAUGAAUGUCAAAAUGCAAUUGCUUCAGCAUUAAGUGUGCCAGUGGACGAAUCUAUGGGAUCCAUUCAUCAUAUGCUGGUAGAAUUUCCAAAUUCUGAAACGGGAAAUCCUAAACAAUUUAGAGUCGAGGGAGAUAGUGCAGCCUUGGUGGAUGAUUGCUCGAUCACAGCAUCUGCAGUUGAUGCUCAUCAGAAUUCUAAAAUCUUUUUAGAAUCAGCAUGUGAGGCUGAUCCAGUAGAUUAUAAUGGGGACUUGACUUGCUUCGUUUCUGAGACCAACCUCGAUAAUGGUAAGUUUUGUGUUUACAUUGCUUGCACAACACAACCAGUUCACCCUAAUGUUGUAGAAAACGAAUUGAAUAAUGUGGCUGCUCCAUUUACAACUUGCUCAACCAUUGAUAGGAUCAAAGAACCACCUAAAAAUGGGGAAGGUUCAGUUAUUGAUAGCAAUCAAUGCUUGCCACUUAAUGACAACUCAUUACAAGUUGGCACGGAUUUGGGCUUCAAUAGUGUUUCAGAUAAUAACGUUGCAAUGAUUCAGACGGUUGAUUCAAAUUCAAACUUUGGAAAAAGAGAAGAGGUAGUAUCUGCAGAAAUUGAAUUGGAUCCUUUUAAUGACAUCCUCCCUGAUGCUCCUGCUAGGAAUGUUCAUAAAUUUAAACCCAAGAUUAAGCCACGACCUAGAGUAGGCAAUUGGCCUGGAAUUACAUCUGCUUCAUCUAAAGUUAUGAUGGAAAAACAUGUUGAGUUACCUACUUCAUGCACAAACGACUUUCAAUCUUUUAAGUCUAGUUGUGUGCUAAACCAAUCAACCAGUUUACCUUUGCCAACAUCAGAGAUUGUUAGGACAAAUGAUGUACCUCAUAAGUUUGAUGAUUCAAGCUCAAAUAUUCCAAUAUCUGAAGACAGUAAUAGUUUGGCAGCAGCAAUUCCUUCCCAAUUGGAUUCCCUAAAUGCUAUGCUUUCAGAGAAUGCAGUUCAUAAUGGUACUAGAGAUUGGCAUUCUAGCUUUGGUAAAUCAUCUGGAGAGGCUGCAGAUAUUUUUUCUGGGUUGGAAUCUCUUGAUGACUUUCUCACCCAACCUGCCACUGAUACAGGAAAACCAGCUCUUCAUUCUUUCAAUGAAAAGGCUGCAGAGGAAAAUUUUGUCACACCUGGUUGUAGUUCUAUUAACUCUUUUGGCGAAUGUGAUACUAUCCAAAGAUGUCCUGAAUAUCAUACACCACAAGAUCCAUUAACCUUCAAGAAAGCUGCUGUCGUCAAUGAGAAUGAUACUCACACUAACAGUAGAAUGUUGGAAACAGAGGAUAUUGUGGACAUGAAUCCUACCUGUCCAGGGGAUGAUGUCUUUGAUUAUCAAUCCAUGAAAUCAGGCGAAGAACCAACUUCUGGAAUUCCAGUGCAUGAAGAGUUGACAAAUGCUGCAGCCAGUCCCAGAUUGGCUGAUUCUUUGCAUGCAAAUGCUACAAGGAAAAAAAAAGUAAAUAUCAGUUACUUUGACUUUAGUAAAAAUGAUGCCUCGGCCUCAUGUUCUACAAGGAAGAACAAGAGAUCUUCUAUUGCUGGUGAGGAGGAUAAUAGUGGUAAAACGUCAAGACAACUCAGAAAACGAACAGCUCAUAAACCUGAAAACAGCUCAAUGAAUGAGGAUGUUGAAGACGAUAAUGACUUUGACCCUCCUUAUCAUUCUAAUGAACAUGAACUUCAAGAAAAUGAUGAUGACUAUGAAGUCAAUAAUUCAUCCAAGAAGACAGGAGUAUCAAAAAGUUCAAAGAAGAAAUCUGUGGCUAAAGGUGGUAAAAUGUCUCAAAAGCGUAAGAAGGCUGAUGAUGAUGUACAAAAAACUAAGGAACUUCCUAAAAAGUUCUCUCAUUCAACCCGACGAAAAAAAAGAUGCGUGGACAAGGCUCUGCUUGAAAUUCCUGAGGAUGAACUAGAUCCUCGAACAUUGCCUAUGAAGGAUAUUAUUUUACUUGCAGAACAUAGGGAGCGGCAAGCGAAAAAAGAGGCAAUGACUUCAAAUACAUCUUCCACCAAUCAAAGUGGUGGUGAUUCUCUUCAUGAGACUGGUGAGUAUGAUGAACAGGAGUUCUCAGGUUCAGAAGAUGGUAGAGACCCAUAUGAUGAUCAAGGCAAUGAAAGGAUUACUUCAUCUAACGUGUUAUACAAUUACCAGACUUUCAUGCAAAAGACACCUAGGGGUAAAUGGUCAAAACAAGAUACUGAACUAUUUUAUGAGGCUAUUAGGGAGUUGGGUACAGACUUUUCUAUGAUACAGCAGCUUUUCCCUGAUAAAACUCGCAGUCAGAUUAAGUCAAAAUACAAGAAGGAAGAGCGGGAGCAUUAUUUACGGUUAAGAGAUGCUAUAUAUAACCGCACAAAAGAUCACGUUCAUUAUAAAUUGUUGAUUGAGCGGCUACAAGCUUCCACCAAGGCAGAAGUAGACCCCAGUAGAGAUGGCUCGGAUUUCAUAACUGCAGAGGAGGUUGUUGACCCAACAGCUGGGACUAAGGAAGAGGUUACGGAGGUUGCAACAACUAAGCAGGACCCCGACAAAGCACAGGAAGAUUCUGUGGCAGUUCAGAGUCCAGAGCAAUCUGAUGAAAGUGAGGAUGAAUGGUCUCGAUAUAAAAGUUUCUAUUAG